ACUUCCAGCCGACGGUCCACAUCGACUCCGCAGUCGAGAGAUCCGGGGGAAGAUGAGCGAGGAGGACCUGAAAUGUGCGACCCCCCCACCGUCCACGUGCGUUUCCCCCGCCAGGCUGAACCGUGACCGCGAGCCUCCCGUCGCGCGCUGAGCUCGGUGGACCUGCUGACACUGGAUGCCAGCAAAGAUGAUCAACCCUCGGAUAUACCUCCACUACAACUACACGGGGAAGCUGGACCGCCGGCCGACCGUCGGCGCCAGCCCCGGCGCCGUGGACGCCAAAACCGCCGCGUUCCUCGUCGUCUGCAGCUGCAUCGUCCUGGAGAACCUCGCCGUGCUGGUGGCCAUAUGGAGAAACCACAGGUUCCACCACCGCAUGUACUUCUUCAUCGGCAACCUGGCGCUGUGCGACACGCUGGCCGGAGUGGCCUACCUGGUCAACCUGCUCCUGUCCGGGGAGAAGACCCUGCGGCUCUCCCCCGCGCUCUGGUUCGUCAGAGAGGGGAGCAUGUUCGUGGCGCUCGGCGCCUCCGUUUUCAGCCUCCUGGCCAUCGCCAUAGAGCGCCACCUGACUAUGAUCAAAAUGAGGCCCUACGACGCCAGUAAGAACCACAGGGUGUUUCUGCUGAUUGGGACCUGCUGGCUGAUCGCCGUAUCCCUCGGGGCCCUGCCAAUCCUCGGCUGGAACUGCCUGGACGACCUCCCCGACUGCUCCACGGUGCUCCCCCUCUACAGCAAGAGGUACGUCGCUUUUUGCAUCACCGUGUUCAUGGUUCUGCUCCUGGCCAUGUCGGUGCUCUACGGCCGCAUCUACAUCCUGGUCAAGUCCAGCAGCCGGAAAGUGAGCAAGAGCAGGAACUCUGAGCACGCCAUGUCCCUGCUGCGCACCGUCAUCAUCGUGGUCGGCGUCUUCAUCGCCUGCUGGACGCCCCUCUUCGUCCUGCUCCUGGUGGACGUGGCGUGCGGGCAGCGCUGCCCGGUCCUCUACGAGGCCGACUGGUUCAUCGGCCUGGCCGUGCUCAACUCGGCCAUGAACCCGGUCAUCUACACGCUGGCCAGCCGCGAGAUGAGACGGGCCUUCCUGGGCCUGGCGUGCGGCGCCUGCCGCGGCGGGAAGGCCUCGGCCGGCGGCGGCGGAGGCAGCGGCGGAGGCAGCGGCGGAGGCAGCGGCGGCGGCGGAAACGGGCGGUCCCUGGAGCCCAGCCGCAGCAGGAGCAAGUCGUGGAGCAGCCAGAACAACCCCGACCAGAACCGGCGGAGCUCCGGGCAGGCCGAGGCCGAGGAGGGGAAGGAGGCGGGGAGGCCGCAGGGGAAGGUCUCGGUGGUGGCGGGAGGGGCGGGACAUGCCGCCAUGGAGGGGGAGAGGAAAGACUGGCCCUGA